AUGCAGAUGCCAGGAAUAUGGAGGCAAAUGAAUCUGUCCGCGAAGGUCACGCUCGUCAUCGGCGCAGCGGCCCUUUUCCUCGGCACCAGCGUGCUCGUCAUCGGACAGAUGGUGAUAGGCAAUUCGGCGGGUUCCAACGAUGUCUUGACAAAUGGCAUCAUGGUAGACGGUCUUCGAAGCUUUACACUGUCGCCGAACGUUGUGAACCUCAGCGACACACGCACAUUCUGGAACAUGAAGUUCCUAAUGUCAGAUGGAACUUAUGGAGCAGCAAGCAAUUGCAGAGCCCACCUGGACUCACUUAACAUCACCCACUUGGAGACUGGAAGCCGCGACUUUUUGACGUCGACUUGCUCCGGAGUAGCAGGAUUUCGACCCACAUUGAUUACUUACAGCGGCGCCUACGCCCUUUACCAGCUUGGAGACUUCAGGCCUUACCAUGACUGGGGCACAUACAGCGUUACUAGUGAUUUCGACACGUGGGUUUAUGACGAUACAUAUAUGAGCGACGCUGAGGUGGGCGUUGUCUUGGUGGGCGGCAUAGUGGGUUCUAUUGGCACCUGUCUGUGCUGCAUCGGAUGCGUCCUCUGCUGUGUGUCCUGGUGUUGCUGCUGUCUAAGCGCUCAAAGUGCUCAGCCCGCAGUCGUGAACGGGGCUUUGCCACCGAUGGUUGCUGCCGAGGUCGCUCCCCAGGCUCCCCCGUCCUACCAGGGCCGCGAGCCGGUCGUCGUCGUGAUGGCCCAGGUGGUGGGACAAGAAGGAGGAAAUCGGAAUGAGCAGAUGGCGUGA